CCCAUCUGGGUAUAAACGAGACAACAGUUUUACUGAGAGCACGUUUUGAAUGUUUAUGUUUGUUCCAGUGUUUUAAUAAUAAUAGUGGUCUUUUCAACUUUUAUUUUUCUAGUGGUAUGAGAAAAGAAUUAUGCUUGUGCCAGAUGUUUCAACCACAUUAAGAAUACAUUAAUGACUUCUUUGUUUUGUGACAUUAAGUUUAACAAUGUUUCGUUUUUCUCAUCAUACCCAUUGUUGUUUACAAAGUGUUAAACUUGCACGAAGAGUGGUUAUAAAUAGUGUAGCCUUUAUAGACAGCAAAUUAUGUAAAUUACCAAGCAACCUUACAGUCUCGCAGAACUGUGUGCUGUUUUCAUCACUUAAUAUUAAACAGAGCCAACAGUGUUGUAAAUUCAGUUUGCUGAAACAAAAACUAUCCUUGAAUGGGCAUGCUUAUGUGGGUGGUGAUGUUUUAUUCGCAUGUAGACAACAUAAGAGGCUCUUUUCAUCAUCAUUGUCAUCUGAAGAUGACAAACAUCCAAACAGGACAGAUGCAGAAGCAAUUGAACUGUUAAAAGAAAUAGAAGCAGAUUUUAAAGAAGAGUUGGAUAACAGUUUAUCAGAUUCUACAAGUAUUUCGUCAGAUUAUGAAAUAGACAAUCGAUUAAGACCAGAAAAAGACCUGGAAAUUGAAGAUGUGGAAGAUUUUGGAAAUAUUAAGCAAAGUUCUGUUGAACCAGCAUGGGAGCCAUCCAUUUCUUUAAUAAGAGGACUGUCUGGCGUAUUUGAGCUUCAUGAACUGUGUACGGUAUUAGAAGAUGAGAAUGCUAAAGAUCUCUGUGUUAUCGACAUUCCGGCUGAAGCUCAGUUUGCUGACCACAUGGUUAUAGUGAGUGGCAUGUCCAGAAGACACCUGCGAGCUAUGCUGGGAAGAAUACAGUGGAUACACAAAAGAAAGAAAUCAAGGUGGGAUGCAAGUAUUCGAGUUGAAGGACUUGAAUCGGACACCUGGUUUGCUAUGGAUUUAGGGAACAUCAUCCUUCACAUAUUUAUGCCAGAAACACGUGAGCUGUAUGACCUUGAAACUCUGUGGACGGUGGGAGCCAAAUACGACGAUAAUUGUCAGGAGAAGGAAAAUCCAUAUGUCUUGUCAGAUGCGGAUCUCCUGAUGAUGGAGUUUAAAGAACGAAACCCUGAACAGAAGCACAAGUGACUUGAUAUCAUAAACACCAACUGUGUCUUCCCAUCAAUGAACAUUUGUUACUCAAAUUAAAAAAAUGAAUACAACAUUAA